AUGCAGCAGCUCGCGUACCUCGAUGUUCAUAACCACUCGUUGCACACACAGGGUUUUGUUGUUUACCCCUCGACUCCGACCAUCACAAGCCCAUCUGCCGAUAAGGUGGACAUGCAAAUCCGGGUAUUCCAAGCUUCCAAAUUACUCCAAGGAGAUGGCCAUGGCACUAUCCGCUUCAUGCUGCCCUGUGCACCUCCACUUAAUUGGGGUAAACCUGAGGAACAGCCUGCCAUAAUCGUCAUGGCGGGCAGCAGGUCAGCGAACCAAGAUCAGAAUUUCGGCCCUACUGGUGGGGUUCGGCCUAUACCAUCUGGUAGUUACUGGAAGUUAGUAACAACGGGACCGAACAACGGAAACAUGGCCAAAAACGUUUGUGUCUUGACCGCUCCGGCUGGUAGCGAACCGUUUAUCCUCACGGAUGAGGCCAUGAAGACUGGCGGCUACGCUUUUGCCCAAGAUCUAGAUAAAGGAAUGUUCAGAAUCUUAACUGACGAGCUACUCGGCACAAACAAGAGUGUCAUCGCGUUUGCAGGUAUUGGUGCUGUCAAUCCCAAUUUUCCCAACCAUGUCGUGCCAAUCGUCACUUGGGACGUUGCACCUAGUUCUGUAUACACAGUAAAGGCGGACAUGUCAUCCUGGCAAGUUGUUGCAUUGUCUAAUAGUGCACCUGCGACUGCACUCGACUUUUCGACCUUGCCAUCAUCCAUCCCUGUUGCCUUUGCGCCCGCACCAGAAUCCAACGCUACCGACGUAUACUUCACUGCCAACAAUUCCUUUAGUAACGAACCCUAA